AUGCAAACAUGUCCAAUCGGUGCUGGUGGUCCACUACGAAGUUUUGAUAUAACAGAAACAAGAGAUACGUUAUAUCGUUUAUUGGGCUAUAAAAUAAGUGAUUGGAUAGUAAAAACAGAAUUACUUGAAGAAUAUUUAAUAAAACGUUUUGGUGGUUUUAAAUUUUUAUCAGAAAAUGAUUUGAAUAGAUGGCCAGCAGGUAUAACAUUUGCAAAUGUAUUUAAUAAUGCAUUAUUACGUGGUGUACUUCUUCAAAAAAAUUCUUCAAUAUCAAUUGCUGAUUACGGUAUAACAACUAUAUGUCAUCCAUUACCAGAAACACCAUUUGAAAUUGAUAAUAAUAUACAAGAUAUUAUUAUUAUUGAAUUAUUAACAGCUAUAUGUGUUAUAUUUGCAUUAGCAUUUAUUCCUGCAAGUUUUCUUGUUUUUCUUAUUGAUGAACAUUCAACAACAUCAAAACAUUUAUAA